AUUUAUCGGCAUAAAUAUUUAUGAAGAUGAGGAUCCUAAUGUGUGACGGGAGUUACCGUUUUUUUCCAUGUAUAAUGCGCCCCCAUGUAUAAUACGCACCCUAAAAGUGGCCUGUUGAUGCUGGAAAAAAGCCUGUACCCAUGUAUAAUACGCGCCCAAAUUUUGACUCCUACUUAAGUCCGUAAACGUAAAAUUAUUUCAGAAAAAAUAUCAUCUUUGGGAACAACCGGAUGUUAUUCUGCCGGUCAGUAUCACUGCGCAUGCGCUAGCAAACUCAAUAGCGAAGAAAUGUUUCAGAUUUGUCUAGGGUACAUUGUGACAGCAAACGAGCAGGUGAUCGAGCAAGCGUCUGAUACGAGAGCAUUGUGUUCGUAUGGAGAGUGUUUGAAGUGAACAGCAGAGAAGAAAGCGCAUCUGUAAUGGCGGCCUCCGUAUGAUAUACGGAUUAAAAAAAAAAAAAAAAUUGUAUCCAUGUAUAAUGCGCACCCCAGAUUUUAGGACAGUAAAUUAAUUGAAUUUUACGCAUUAUACAUGGAAAAACGGUAUGCAUAAAUUCCUGCCAGUCUAAAAUCAGGACAAAACUACCGGAAUAUCCUGUCGCUUCAUGCACGGGGGCAGGUUAAUGAUUAAACUUUCUACACUUCAGACCGAAAGCAACUUCACAACCAGUCCGCUGCCGCUGUGACGCCACUUGAAGAUAACAAUGUCGUUUUUCCCCAAGACACGAUUUGUGUUUCUCUCCUGACAGCUAGAAGCGUGAAUGCUAAGCUAAGUUUUUGCUUGGGUCAGCCUUGGCGUCCGUCCUUUGCUCGACCAUCGAGCAGGUUGACGUCUGGAGAUGGACCGCUUCAGGUACUUCAUUUUUAACCAAAAGCGCAUACUCGUCCUUGGUAUCCUCCAAGUGGCGUGUGCGGCUAUCUGCGUGAUUUGCGGCUUCAUGGAUGCUUUUUUCCGCAAGGAUACCCCGCUGAGCAUAACCAGGACCCCAGUAUGGGGAGGAAUGAUCAUGGCUUGUCCUGGUGUUUUGGCUCUGUUUGCAUCUCAAAGGAAAAACCCAAUACUGGUGAGUGUGAUGGUGGCAGUAGGAUGCCUCUCUUGUGUGGCUUCUUUCUUUGUAUUGGGCUAUUCUUGUCUAACGCUCACUUAUGGAGAGGAAGAUAAGGAGGUCUUCCACCAUCAUGACAGUCCCAAAGUGACUUUCGUGCUCCAUCGAAUGGUGAAGGGCGCCAACGCCACCAUACUGCUGUGCUGCAUCCUCAAUGUGCUCCUAUCGUCUCUCAUUGCCUACGUGGGUUGCUCUAGUCUACCCCGGUGUGGCUGCUACGACACACAUACCGGACUGGCAACAUUGGUUCCAGAGUGUGACCCUGGGGAUACUGAGUUAGUGUGUACCUGGCAAGCUGGAGGGGACGACAGGCUCUUCAACUCUCCAGCUCAAACUACAGACUCUGGCACAGCAGAAGAGAAAGUUUCCUCCAAGUUGCCUCCAUACAGCAGACUGACUUAAGACAAAUCUCUGUCAUACAAUCAUACUUGACUUAAAGAUGUGACACUAUUUUAAAAGAUUGUGCCAAUUCAUUUAAUUUGUUUUCUUGAGAGAGCAGAUAACAAGCACUAAGCACUCCAGUAGCAUCCUUCUUUUGAAUAUUACUGUACAUAAGUUGCUUACAUAAUAUAUGAACUGAUAUCUGAAUGUAAGUGAAUGAGAGUACUGUAUUUUACUGCCUCUAUGUUGUCACAAUGUGAGUUGUUCUUAAUUUCUAAACCAUUUAAUUAAUAAAUUCUGCUA